AGAGAGGACAGCUGCAGCGUGAUACAGAGCCUGGUUUAUCAAGAUUUACACAGAGUCUGAAAGUCCCUGGUGUGAGCCGCCAUGCUGUGCAACCGCCUGCUGCUUUCCGUCUACAUCGUCACCUUCCUGAUGGGGGUCCCUGCCAACAUCCUGGCCUUCGUCACCUUCUGCAACAAGGUGCGCCGCAAGCCCGCCCCGAUCGACAUCCUCCUCCUGAACCUCACCAUCUCGGACCUCAUCUUCCUGGCGUUCCUGCCCUUUAAAAUGAAAGAGGCCUUUGACAACAUGGCGUGGAUGCUGCCCUACCCCCUCUGCCCCUUCACUGGUUUCAUGUUCUACGUCACCAUCUACAACAGCACCCUUCUCCUCACUGCUGUCAGUGUGGAGCGCUACUUGGGGGUGGCGUACCCCCUCAGGUAUUCCCUGUGUCGCAGACCUCGCUACGCCGUGUAUGCUAGCCUGGUGUUCUGGGUGGUGACCUCUCUGAACCUCAGCAUCGUCUACAUCAUGCCCUACGCCCAGUGGAGCAAAGCCGGUAAAAACGCCCCGCCUCCACCCACCUGCUACCUGAACUUCUCCGACGACGAGCUGGAUAUCCUGCUGCCGGUCCGCCUGGAGCUCUUCUGCGUUCUCUUCUGCGUCCCCUUCGUCAUCUGCUGCUUCUGCUACACUAACUUUAUCCUCAUCCUGUCCCGGCUUCCCAACAUCGGCAGGCGCAGGAGGCUGCGGGCCAUCAGUUUAGCGCUCGGCACGCUGAUAGUGUUCGCGGUCUGCUUCGGGCCUUACAACGCCUCCCACGUGGUGGGGUUCGUCCGUCAGGACAGCGAGGAGUGGAGGAACGUGGCGUUGCUCUCCUCAACCUUCAACGCCUGCCUGGAUCCCUUCAUCUUCUACUUCUCGUCAGCGGCCGUCAGAAGCAUGUUGAAUCACUGCGCCAGGAACAUCAUGGACAAGCUGCACAUCCUGAGGUGUAGAGGCCCUCCUCAGCCUCCUCACCCCCCUAAAUGA